UAUGUGUUGUUGAUGGUAACAACAUCCUGGAUGAGGCAUUUGCCUGGUUUACAGACACGUGGCAUGAAACAAGAGGGUCCUCAACUUUUACUCAACGAUCUAAAGAUACUGUUUAAAUCGGAGGGCGUGUGUGGAAAAGUUUAAAGAUGGGUUUAGAUUAUCGGGAUCGAAAAAAUUGAUUUAGUUAAACUGAGCGGGAAUAAAUGCGGCGGAGUGACUGCCAUGCUAUUUGUUUCCUCAUUCCUUUGUUUAGUAGUCAAACCCGAGUCUUUGUAUGAUCGUGUUUGGACUUUAUUUAAUAUAAAACACAAUGUGUUUAACAACUAAAGCUAGUUUUAACGUUAUGUCCGUUUAAAGAGCGAUGGCGUUUGUUUCCUCAAGAUAAUGACUUUGUGACGCCUUCAGUGGCAUCCCGUAGAGUCAGAAUUUUCACCAUUUCAGAAGCAAACGCACAUUUAAAUUGGACUUUAGUGGCAUGUGGGGGAUACUUUAAAUUGUAUUUUUUCCAAACUGAGAUAGUUAUAUUAACACAACCACAGUUUCAUUAGACAUAAACAUUUUUAUGUCAGGAAAAAGAAAACAAUAGUUGAUUCAUUUUAAAACCAUCGUAACGGUUGGCCACGAAAAGCUACAAAACACGCAUUAGCUCUGGCAGCUAGCUUAAAAAAAUAGCAAUAAUCUAUUUAAAAUACUUCAUACGUAGAGCUGUGUUGUUAGCUGAGGCUCCAAUUAAAUGAUUAAAAGCAACAGCAGUAAAAUAAAUGGAGGCUUUAUGUAAAUAUUGGUGGGGUAGUGUUUCAAAGCAUGAUUGUGUGAUGAUGACUUAUCCACUCUGCUGGUAUCCUUCCUGGCAUUUAGCCUCAGCUUGAUUAAAUAAUCAAACUAUUCAGUAGAUAUCAAACAGAAGACUGAUUUCCUUUACUAUUUUUUUAAACUGAUAAUGUAUGGAUUUUUGUGCAGCACGUAAACGUAGCACUGGAACGGGCCGGGUAACCAGACCCUGGCUGAGGUCAUGCCCGGGGAGAAACAGCUGCCAGCCGGCCCGAGCGGGUAGCAUCGGAGGGUGGCGCUGUGCGGUAUCCACGGGGAACAGAGGCGUCCAGAGCCUGCAGUCAUGGCGCCCACUCUCAUUCAGGCCUACAGGAGGCGCUGGUGGAUGGCGGUGACGGCAGUUAUUGAAAAUUUGCUGUGUUCGGCUGUGCUGCUGGGUUGGGGCUCCCUCCUCAUCAUGCUGAAGAAGGAGGGCUUCUACUCACACCUGUGCUCAAAAAACAACUCUGUGGUGGUGCACAUGGGCAAUGCCUCCAUGGGUAUCGAGGAGGAGUGGCUCCCCUGUGUAGAGCAAGAGGAGAUGCUGAACCUGGGGUUCACCAUCGGUACCUUCCUGCUGAGCGCCACGACGCUGCCACUCGGCAUCCUGAUGGACAAGUUUGGGCCCCGUCCAAUUCGUCUGGUUGGCAGUUCAUGCUUUGGUCUGUCCUGUGUGAUCAUGGCUGCGUCUGCCUACGAUCCUCACAGUCUGUCCGCGCUCAUCUUCUUAGCUCUCUCCCUGAACGGCUUCGGAGGAAUCUGCCUUACUUUCACCUCUAUCACGCUCCCCAACAUGUUUGGUUCUCUGAGCUCCACCAUCAUGUCUCUGAUGAUCGGCUCCUACGCCUCCUCUGCUGUCACCUUCCUCGGCGUUAAGCUGAUCUACGACGCAGGUGUGUCCUUCCGUGUGAUCAUGUGGAUGUGGGCCGGUCUGGCUCUGUCUGUCUUUUUAAACUGUUUCUUCAACUGGCCCAAAGAUGGCUUCCCAACACCUCAUGAGGUGGACUACAGUAAAAUCCUCACACUGCAAGAGGUGCCGUCAUCUGACCAGAAGGCAGUUGGAGAGAGGCUGAGCCACCAAAACGGAGACGUUCAACACUCCACAGAGAAGCUUCCUAAUGGAUCAGAGUCUAAAACAAGUUCUGUCCCUUUCCGCCGGUCUGUGUUCUCUCCCAUCUUCCUGUGGAGUCUGAUCACAAUGGGAAUGACUCAGCUGAGGAUCAUCUUCUACAUGGGAGCGAUGAAUAAGAUGUUGGAAAUCAUAGUCACACAUGGUGAAGAGCACCCAUCUGAUACGACUUUGGUUGAGGCAGAAGAGAAAGUCAAUUUGUACUCCUCCAUCUUUGGCACUCUGCAGCUGCUUUGUCUUCUAACAUGUCCUCUGAUUGGCUACAUCAUGGACUGGAAGAUGAAAGAAUGUGACCCGGUGGUGUGUGCUUCCUCAGGAACAGUGCAGAGUGCUAAAAGAGACCGAAAGAUCCAAAAGCUGACCAACGCCAUGAGAGCCUUCAUCCUCACCAACAUCCUGCUCAUCAUCUUUGGAUUUUGCUGCCUCGUAGAAAACAUGCCUCUUCAGAUCUUAACAUUCAUUGUCCACACGAUGGUCCGGGGCUUCAUCCAUUCCUGCUGUGGAGGUCUUUAUGCUGCUGUCUACCCAUCCAAUCACUUUGGGACGCUGACAGGCCUCCAGUCCAUGAUCAGCGCUGUAGUUGCUCUGUUGCAGCAGCCGCUCUUCAUCGUUAUGGUUGAACAUAUCAGCAACACCUACUGGAUCAACGUUGGGCUGCUGAUCUUCUCGUUUUCUGGAUUCCUGUUGCCAGGUUACCUGUUUUAUCACCGUAGAAACUUGCUGAAGGAGAAGAAGAAACCAUCACCCAGUCAGGAGAUGGAGACCCUGAAACACAGUGAAGCUAAUGGUCACUGUAAUGGCUUUACGGCCACCGAUGCCUAGGCUCCAGCAGAGCUUCAGACUCUUUUAGUUUGUGCCUUCAGAACGAACACCAGCAGGCCUCUCAUGUAAAUUCACAUUUAGGCAACUCUUUUUAUACAUAGUUUUUGUUUGUUUUCAAGGUCAUUGCUGAUGUCCAUUUUGCUCAUGCUGAUCUAUGUCAUGGAGUUGUUACAGUUCAGUCAGACUUGGGGGGGGGGGGCGUGUCAUCACCUUUUUGCUGCUGUUUGUGUAUUUUAUUGUGCUUCAGCUCCAUGAGCCAAACUUGUGUCCAUUAAAGCCAUAGACCUUAAUUGCAGAGUGCAGAUAUCACGGUACUUGAAAUACUGAUCUGUAGUUUUCUGACAAUCCUCACAAUCCUGCUGAAACACCAAAGAACAUAAGAACGUUUUAGUCAGUAUUGUUUCAAAACUUUAACAGGAUAUAGAUUUUUCUGUUAAAUUACCUCUGAAAACAUGAUCCAGAUGCUUCUUUAAAACAUCUUCAUUAUCAUACACUUAUUUCUGAGCCUGUUUUUUCACCCCCACACUCAAAAAAAGUGAAUCUACCUCCCCCGUUCCUUUUUUUUUCGUUUGUAAUUUUUUUAAUAGAAAAUAUAAAUUGAAAUUUCCUUCAGAGACAAAAGCGAUGCAACCCAAACAUUUCUGUAUUUCUGUUAUUUAAAUAGGAAGAACAUUUUUUUCAGGAAGAUGUGAUUGAAACCCUUUGUACAGCUUUAUGCACAGAAAUGAACUAGGGUGUGUAUAAAACAAUGUAUGCAGGUGUAUUUUUUAUAUUCUAGCUGCAGGAGUGUUUAAAAGGGAAGAUUAUUUUGUAGAGGGCUUGUUGUAAAAGAGCUCAGCUGAUUCCGCGUUUUCUGCUUCUGUUGGUCUUAAGUCGGUUUCACACUGCAAGCAUCAGCGGAACAGAACGGCAGCGGAGCGGCUCACUCGCGAACUUCAGAGCGGUCCUCUUCACACCGGGAGAGACUUGGCCGCAGCACGGCUUCCUCGCUACACCUCGCUGUACCCGCGAGAUUCUAAAAUCCCUAGAGACUUCCGACACCUUCCUCAUCGAGAGAUCACAACCCCCGCGAGGAAUCACACCGUUGCACUUCUAAGAAACUGGUGGUAAACAAUGCCGUUCGGUCACACGUACUGACGUAAGUUAGAUAUCCAACAGCGCAACGUUGCAUUUUAUUUUGAAAAUAACCGGGGAUUUUACACUGAAACCGUGUGGUUUCCCGUCUCGCACUAUGUGAUCUGCGGAAAUUGACGUGUCCCAGAAGCGACUCGCGGAAAAAAUAGAACUCGAUCCUAUCUUGCGCGGCAUGCCGCUUCUGGGACGUGCCUGGAAGUUGUCGCGUCGCGGCUGGUUUGAAACACUCCAUAGACUAUAAUUAGAUUCUAUUUGAAGCGGUGCCGCUUCACUGCCGUUCCGUUCCGCUGAUGCUUGAAGUGUGAAACCGGGGUAAGACGUGAACAAACCUUUUGUAAAUAGAAGCGAGGUGCGACUCGGAUUAUUCUGGGUGUGUUCAGGCUGCGGCUCCUCCCGUGUAAUUUUACAACAAAAAUGAAAACAUCUGGCUAUGGCGUGCUUUUAGUCAGUUGUAGGAAAACAGAACAGAAGGUAGACGUUGGCUGUACAGAUUGUGAGAUCAGUUGUAAAAUGUUUUUCCAAAUAUUUUGAAAAGUGCUGUUUGAAUCUUUUAGGCUCCUUUAAAUGAUUUAUGUGAUGUUUUUGUCUUCAUCUCAGCUUUAUUGUAAAUUUGAGAAAAAAAAAACUUCUGCCAAAUUUCUGCCUUUAUAAACCAAAGUUGUCUUUUGAGACUGGAACAGCGUUUCACCUCGGGGCGGGACGGCGUGAAUAUUAAGCAAUGAAAACUCAGUUUGAUUCUGAUUGUUAGUUUGUAAAGUUAACUGGAUCUCAGUGGUGACGUUUUCUUGGUAAAACAUGCAGGUUUUCUUCAACAACUAUCGUUUUUCACUUUUCAUCACCCUGGAGUUUGGUUUUUAGACUCAGUUGUUUGUUGGUAUUAAGUUGAAUUCAAGCAUCAUUUACUUGGCUUGUAUUUGAAGUUUGUAUCACAUCCAGGAUUUCAUCCAUAGCAUUGUGGGUUGAAGCGUUCAGCUACAUUUUCAUCCUGGCUUUGGUCAGUUCAUCUACUCUGUGCUGCAUUUGAUAAACAUAAAAAUGUUAAACUGAA